AUAUAAUUAUUACUUAUAAUUACUUAUAAUUACAUAUAUUAUAUAUAAUAGAGUCAUGUAGACCUUUAUCAAGGAUGUGGUAAAAGUGCCUCUUUCCUCUAAUCUCUUUCAGUUUCUGUAAAGCAGGGCAGUAACCAAUGCUAUUUCUGAAUGGUCUAAAUAUACUACUGCAGUUUUGAAUCAUGGACCUCAAAGCUUAAAAACGGCCUGAACAACAUCAUGAAUUCACUCAUUUUUACCCUGAGAGUUAUUGCUGACAGUCAGCACCAUGAACACUGGAGAAGUCAUUUAUACCGUGUUGGAAGUCCUCAUCACCGUCUGCUGCUGUCUGGGAAACAUGUUGGUUGUUUUUGCUUUGUGGAAAACUAAAAGCAUCCAACAACCCACCUUCUGCCUUAUUGUGUCUCUGGCUGUGGCUGACUUUCUGGUGGGAUUUGUUGCCAUACCAAUGGCUGUGCUGGUGGAUGGAGUUCUGGAGACUUCUUUCCACACAUGCCUCUUCAUCAGCUGUGUACUCAUCCUCCUGACAUUAGUUUCAAUCUUGUGUCUGAUGGCUAUUGCUAUUGAUCGUUUCCUGCGGGUUUAUAUCCCUCUGAGAUACAAACGGACUGUAACCUGGAAACAUUCCUAUUCUGUGGCAGCUGUAUGCUGGCUUGUUGCAAUACCACUGAGUUUUACUCCAAUGUUUGGAUGGCAUAAAGACCCUCCUGAUUCUGUUAAUUCUACAGUUGUUUGCCGGUUCAUAGGAGUGAUUCCCAUGUCCUACUUGGUUUACUUUAGUUUUUUUCUCUGCAACCUGACGCCUCUGUUAGUGAUGAUUGUUUUGUACAGCUAUAUAUUCUGUUUCAUUCAUGGAAGACUGAAAGAAAAACCAGGUAACGGUGCUCAAAAUCAGUCACACACAUACCUGCGGAAAGAAAAACAGCUUGCAUCGUCUCUGUCUCUGGUCUUGACUCUUUUUGUAGUCUGCUGGCUCCCUAUUCACAUUAUGAACAUCGUCGUUUACUUUCAUGGACCAGAUACUGUACCAUACAUAGCUUUCUAUGUUGGCAUUCUGCUUUCACAUGCUAAUUCAGCUGUCAACCCUGUAGUGUAUGCAUUUAAAAUAAAAAAGAUCAAGACAGCUUAUGUGAAGAUUUGGAGACAGUUUGUUCUGCGUUCAGCAGAAAAUCAAGGCCCUCCGUCGAGCCAGACAACAGAAAACGCCAGCAGUAACAUGAGAAGUGGUGAAAACGACACAACGCUGUUCUAACUUUUUCAGUCUUGCUUUGUGAUGCAUGUCACUGAAAUAUGGAUUUUAUGUCAAGACUUGAAAGAGCUGUAUAGGUUGCAUAGAAUCGU